GCUGAGGGUAGCCCGGCGCGUCACUGCCAUGGAUCCCUUCCUGGUGCUGCUGCACUCCCUCUCCGGCAGCCUGUCGAGCAGCGAUCUGAUGGAGCUCAAGUUCCUGUGCCGUGAGCGCGUGGGCAAACGCAAGCUGGAGCGCAUGCAGAGCGGCCUGGACCUGUUCUCUGUGCUGCUGGAGCAGAACGAUCUGGGCCGCAAUCAUACCGGGCUGCUGCGCGAGUUGCUGGCCUCGCUGCGCAGGCACGACCUACUGCAACGCCUGGACAACUUCGAAGCGGGGCUGGCGGUCUCGACCGCGCCGGGGGAGGCAGAUCUGCAGGUGGCAUUUGACAUCGUGUGUGACAAUGUGGGGAGAGACUGGAAGAGACUGGCCCGCGUGCUAAAAUUGUCUGAGGUCAAAAUUGACGGGAUUGAGGAGAGGUACCCCCGAAGCCUGAGUGAGCAGGUAAGGGAGACUCUGAGGGUCUGGAAGAUUGCCGAGAGAGAGAAAGCCACAGUGUCUGAACUGGUGAACGCACUGCGGAUGUGUCAGCUGAACCUGGUGGCUGACCUGGUGGAAGAAGCGCUGCAGACCCGGGGAUCAGUGACUGGGAGUGAGAAUGUGUCCCGAGUGCUGUGGGACUCAACUGUGUCUUCCUCACAAGCACCGUGACAAGCCUGCCACUCCUGACAGGAGCCACGGUGGACUAUACACACACCAUGAUGCAUUACCAAGUGCCUUCUGUUCCCAGUGCCACAAAGACCUCGUUGAUCCAGACCAGACCCACUCACGAGCCCACUCACUGAACUAGCUCCUGAAGUAAAGCUGUUAUGUAUAGAACCUCUUUCUUCUCAACUUUGGGGACUCAUGGAACUUCCUUUGGUGUUCUCCACUGCUGCUCCUCCCCUGAGAGAAGUCCCUCGUCCUGCAAAGAGGAAGUUAGAGCUAAGGCCACAGGUGCUGAAAGUUUGAGAGCCUUUCUGUCCUUUGGGACACCAGCCCAGUUCAGAGCACUUGACUGCCCCACUGUUGGCCAUCUGUCCCAUUUCCUUAGAGGCCAUCAGAGCAGUCCUAACCUGCAAACAAGUGUACCCUGUGCAUCAGCUCCUGCGAGAACUGAGUCUAAAGUUCACAGCCUACAGAAAUUGCUGCCUCUGGGAAGGACUGAUUUAAAGGGUAGCUCCCCUGCUUCUAACGUGGUCUUUAAACAAGUGCCCUGAGCCUAGAUGUCAUGGCUCACUCUGAAAUUCUAGCACUUUAGAGGAUUGCAUUCCAUGGCAACAUGAAUGAGGGCUACACAUGAGGCCUUCUCACAAAAACAAGUGUCUUUACCUGGAAACACCUGUGCCCCCCCCCCGGAAUUUCCCCUGUGUUAAGGACCCUUCUGAUCUUGGAAGUCCAGCGGGCUGUCUGCUGUCUUUACAGCCCUGGGUGCUAGUUGUGAAUGGGGUGAUGACAAUUCCUGUCUGCUUUGCUUCACACCAGCAGGGGGCCCUGUCUGCCACACUAGGUCACCAAGCUUUCCAACCUUUGGCUGGGUACACCUUUGAUCAUAGCACUCAAGGAGGUAGAGGCAGGUGGAUCUCUGAUCUGUGAGUUCGAGGACAGCUAGCCUACAGAGCAAACUCAGACCAGCUACAUGGAAAGACACUAUCUGAAAAGUUCUUGUCUGGAGUUUUCUUAGACCCGAGGUUCACCUGACAGAGUGAAGAGCUGCACCCCACUAUCCUGAGCCUAGUGUUUGCUUCAUAAGUGAACAGCCUGGGGCCUGUGCUCAAACAUUGAUCAAACAUUUCCUGAGGUUCCCCCUCUCUGCUCUACCCACCCCACCAGGCAGCUGACCCCUCAGCAUACGUGGGCUCUCCUCAGCCCCCUUCUCAUUUAUUGUUGACCCCUUCACUGCUGCAUUCCUGGGCUGCAGCCUCCCCAGCCUCGAGCCUACUGUGCUUUUCAGCCCAGCGCCUGUCCAUCUGGCUGUUCUGCCUCGCUCAAACUAUUGGCCAUUGAGGCCUCUCCUGUCUUCUCUGGGAACUCAUCCUGUUUUCUCUGACCCUGUGUCCCACCUGGCUACAGCCACAACCCUCUUAUCUCUGCUCCCUAGAAUAUGCAUAGGCCUGUGCAAGGUCUCUGGUGGGUAUUUGCUGUGGUCCUCUCUAGCCCCUUCCCCCUACCACCAUUUUGAGGGAUUUUGCUUUGAGACAGGGUGUCAUGUAACCCAGAUAUAACUUAGACCUGAAACUCACGGUGUAACUGAAAUGACUUAGAACUCCUUCCUGAUCCUCCUGCCUCUGCUUCUCAAGUGCCCUGAUCACCAGUGUAGCCUCACUCAGGCCCAAGUCUGGGCAGCCUGGCCAGCCCUACUGAGACGCUUACUGAUGCCGUUCAAGUGCUCUGUGGCAAGCCACAGGUUGGUGGACGUGCAUGUCGCUUUUUUUUUAACAGCUCAGGAGUCCGAAAUGGUGCUCCAGAGCUCAGUAAGGAUGUGAGCAGGCCUCUGUCCUUCUAGAUUUAAGAGAAUAUUCCAUGGCUUUUGGAGCCCCUUCAUUGUGCCAUUUGCUGCAUUCCGCUUCCCUCUUCAAGUGACAGCUUAGAUCAUGUCUCAGUUGCCACUGCUACAGGGCUUGUGGGCCACCAGAGGAAUUUAUCCCUUUGUAGAGUUUUUCCAGCCAUGUUGGGAGAUUAUAACAGGGUCAGCACCCCACAAAUCUCUGCAUCUCCCCAGCUUGUGUCCAGUUUUGCCCUGGACACCUCAGCACGAUCCCACCCCCGUUAAUGACCGGAGAACUCCGCACUCACCAGUGACUGUCCACCUUGCCUGCCCUUCACUCCUCAGCACCCAGCAGGACCUUGGCUUCUGCCCAUCCCCCACCAAGGGUUGGAACAACAGACCCGCCUGUUCCUAGAAGCCAGCCACCCUACAUAUUUUUAGCUUCCUAUUUUUGAAUUCCACAAUCAUUUCUGAGUCAUCCAGCUGCCUGCCUUCUGGUCACAAGGUCCCUGUGUGGACUCUGUUUCAGACCAGCCAGGGGGAUAUGAUGUGCUGGACCAUGUGAUGGGCCCUGGCCUUCCAGUAGCUGAUGGAGGCAGCUCUGAUUUGCUAGGAGCUGUGGUCUAAGUGGAGGCUGGCCUGAGAGAUAUUUGCCAGCCGUGGGACUCACUGUCACCAAGGCUUUCCUGAGCCAAAGCCAAGUGACAGAGCCUGAGGGUUGUUUUUUGUUUUUGUUAUUGUUUUCUUGUUUGUUUGUUUGUUUUUGGUGUGGCUAGAACAGGACAGCAUGGUGGGCAUGUGUGUGGAGGUUCAUGGCUCCCAGACUCCCAAGCCUGAAUGGACUGUGGAGAUGAUAUAUAGUCCCUGUCCAUCAAAAUAAGACAGGCAUGUUGCUCAUAUGUAGUAUCUUAACAUCGGAAGCUGAGGCAGGAGAAUCACUACAUUUUAAGAUCAUCCUGGGCUAAACAGACCUCAUAUCAAGCAAAAAGUCAGGUGUGUUGUGGUAUAUACACCUGUAAUCCCAGCACUUGAGAAGCUAGUCGGGGAGGAUCAGGUACAGGCAGGGUCUCUCACUGAAUCUAAGUCCAGCCUAAGCUGCAUGAAACCCUACCUCAAAAAAA